CCUUGAAACAGCCAAAACAAAGAAUAACUGCCUCAAGCAGUCAGGCUAGAAAAAACUGAAAUUGGCGCUGCAAAGUCACCAAAUUCAAAAGCAUUCAAUCACCAAAAUAUUGGGUGAGUUUGAACUAGAAUCAUAGCGUGAGAGGUUGAGGAUUCAGUAGCGAGCUCCUCAAGGUUCUGGCAGUUGCAGAGCGACGAUGCUAUCCUUGAAAGACAUGGUACCUGCAGCUCAGAACAACAUAAACACACAAUUCAUAAUUUUGGAUAAAGGGAAGACGACAUUAGAAGGUAAAUAUAAGACAUGUAUCGCACUCGUGGCGGAUGAAACUGCAGCUGUGCAUUUUCAAAUGUGGGGGGAUGAGUGUGAUGCAUUUGAGGGAGGUGACAUUAUCCGUUUAGUUGAUGGGAUUUUCUCUUACAACCGGAACAAUCUUGUGCUGAGGGCAGGAAAGAAAGGGAAGGCAGAGAAAGUAGGAGAAUUCUGCAUGGCAUUUGUUGAAACACCAAACAUGAGUGAGAUCCGGUGGAUUCCUGAUCCAAGCAACCCCAAAAAGUAUGUGCAGGAUGCUGUUAUUUCUCCUCAUUCACGUAUCUUCCCACCAGUGCCUUGACUUGAGAUCUUUCUCUUGAUUUGUUUAACUUGUUAUUACCUAUAAAACAUCUUGAUAUUGGGUAGAUGAGCCUGUGCUUCUACUCAGCUGUGCCCUCUUGAUGUAAUGACUUGUCAUUGGCUUGAUGUUCCCUGGCCGAGAAGUGACAAAAUCUUCUAGGUUUGGGGCUCCUAUAUUUUGAAGUUCCCAGCUCAGUUCCUUUCCCAGAAGGUCUCCACUUAAGCUAGAUUACCGAGCCCUCUAGGAUAGCUUCCUAUUUUUGGCAAUGCCCGAAUGCUGAAACCAAAGUCAUCAUUGUAUAAGUUCGAUUAAAUAUGAAAAAACUUUUGAUUAGAAA